CCAUCUUAGUUGUGGCUAAAGAAGUGGCAACAUAGGAAGUGCGGCUUGUGUGCUGCUGUGUAGAUAGAUGCCGAGGCUAUGCCGACUUGGCGUGGUGCUGAGCCUGGUUGCGGCGGCGGCGGCGGUCAUGGCCGUGUGGUUGAUGGACUGGUGGGGUCCCCGCUCUGGCCUCCGCCUCUUCGUACCCGAGGAGCUAGCCCGCUAUCGCGGCGGCCCGGGGGACCCGGGUCUGUACUUGGCGUUGCUCGGCCGCGUCUACGACGUGUCCUCUGGCCGGAGGCACUACGAGCCUGGGGCGCACUAUAGCGGCUUCGCAGGCCGGGAUGCAUCCAGAGCAUUUGUGACUGGAGACUAUUCUGAAGUUGGCCUUGUGGAUGAUGUAACUGGCUUGUCCUCAGCUGAGAUACUGAUACUUCACAAUUGGCUCUCAUUUUACGAGAAAAACUACGUAUUUGUCGGGAGAUUGGUUGGAAGGUUCUAUGGAGAGGAUGGACUGCCCACUUCAGAACUAACCCAGGUAGAAGCCAUGGUAACUAAAGGCAUGGAGGCAAAUGAACAGCAACAGAGAGAUAAGCAGAAGUUCCCUCCAUGUAAUGCUGAGUGGAGCUCUGCCAAAGGCAGCCGGCUCUGGUGCUCCCAAAAGAGUGGAGGUGUGAACAGAGACUGGAUUGGUGUCCCCAGGAAGCUGUAUAAGCCAGGGGCCAAGGAGCCCCACUGUGUGUGUGUGAGAACAACUGGCCCCCCUAGUGACCAGCAGGACAACCCUAGACAUUCCAAUCGUGGGGACUUGGACAACCCCAACUUGGAAGAAUACACAGGCUGCUCACCUCUGGCCAUUGAGUGUUCCUUCCCACUCUAAGAUGGUGACCUCUAUGUUGAUGACACAUGGAGAACCUUCCCUAGGUCUCCAGAAAGCCCUUAAUAUUGGUGCUCUAGGAGGCUCCUGGCAUGAAAAUAGGAGGGUCAAGGACUCAGCUCACUUUGCAAAUGUGUGUCACAAUUCUGUUGGCUGAGAGAAGAACCUUAUAGCCUACCUGAUGUGUUCAGAUUGUUUUGACACUAUUUGGAAUCUUGGUGCCCUGUCAUCUUCCUUCAGAGCCUGCAGACAUUAAUGAACACAGUGUGAUCAAUGUAGAACUGCUUGGAGAAAGAGUCUGUGAGCUCCAGCAAGGGACUUCCCAUGGACUCAUGCUGCCCUAAUCAGAGCUUGGGCUCUGCCCAUCAUACCAGUCCUGCUGGUACUUGGAGCAGUAGCAGAACAAUACUGUGGCUCUGAGCAGAGAUGCAGGCAAUUCCCAAGAAGCUGUGCAUCUUGCAGAAUCAAGACUUCAAAGAAACAAUGCUGCUAAGCGCCACGGUCCCAGAUGAUGCUGUCACUCCCACACUGAGCACCACCAGAGUGGUUUGGAAGCCAAAAUGAACUAUCCAAACAUGUGCCUGCAGUUUUAAAGGCCCAGCUGCUGCCUUGUUCUUGGUACCACAAGGAUGUCACAGAACACCCAGCUCCACAUGGCUGCCAAACAGGCAAGUCAUUAAGUCCAGUAGUCCCCAGACUCCCUUGCUAUAGAAAACCAAUGUUGUUAGUCAUAACAGUUAAUAUAUUACUUAUGCCACACCAAAGAGGACUGUAUAGGCAGUGGUCCUCCAGACAAAGUCUUUAAGGCAUCUAUGAUAUCUGGGAAUUUACUAUAUUUAGUGAACCAGCCACACACUCAGUUUUUCAUUCCGUCAGUUCUGUAAAGUGAACACAGCUCGAAGGCCUGUGCUGUGCUGCUUCCUCUGCUGGGCCCACAGGGGAGCUGGGAGCUUCAGGUGGCUCUAGGGGGCUGGUCCUGAAGGAAGCCAGUGUCUGUGAGGGAGGCAAACUUUUUACUUGUACAUGAUGCUGUCGCUGUCUCUCAGGCCUAAGUAUGGGGCAGUUCAGCCACGUUCCUUUUUCCAGGUAAGGAAAUCAUCCUAGAUGGAGGCUUUGCACCCCCACCCCCUCUCUGCAAAUAAGACUAGUGCUGGAACAGUUCAGUAUGGGGGCCAGGCACGAACUGGGAAGCGCAGUGAGAACACACACACCCAGUUCUCUGAAAGACCCAUUCAAGGAAAGGGAAGCUGACAGGUAGUCAGAAACAACUCAGGGCUCUGAGGUAGAGGAUGAAACAUCACAUGGACCCCACUGCUUGGAGAGAAUAUGGCAGCCGAACUGAGCAGUGAAUAUUCAGCCUUGACUGAAUUGGUUAUUGGGGUGGAAUAGGCCCAAAACUUGUGUUCUAACACAUCACUGAGUGAGACACCAGUGAAAAGAUAACUGGAAACAAAGGCGUCCUCAGUGUAGGCACUUAAGCUUGUGGGACAUCGCUGUGUUAGAGGAUCAUAGCAAAUUAGUUUCAAGCACAUGUUUUGUACCUGUCUUUAAAACAAACAAACAAAAAACCCUUAAUAAUACACUGUACAGUAAGAGGCAGUUAAAAAACUAGGUAAGCACAGUAGUGCUAACUGACACAGAAAUUAUGUUUCAGUAAAGUUUAUUCUUCCUGCUCUGCUCAUUCACAGCUGGCAACUUUUUGAGUGAAUAAAAUGUUUUGCUGCUA